GUGGGUCAGGGUUCAUCCAUUUAUUUUGUAUUUAUUUUUUUAAAUUUUGCAAUAUUGAAACAGUUUUUUUGGCUUUGGGCUCAAAGGGAGGGCAAGAAGAACAGGCAGUUCUGUGGUGGUAAUUGAUUCCACAUUAGCCUAGCCUAGCCUGUGUGAGCACUCGGGGAGAUCUCACUGCUGCCUUGCCUUUUCUCCAGUGGCGUGGGCUGCAAGAACCGAAGAAGCAAAGCGACACAAGACACCACCCAGAGAAGCCUCACCGCUCAGCCGGAACAGGACAGCCUGCGUCUGCUUUGACAGGAGACCCGAAACACUCAACAUGACAGCCCAAAAGCCACAGAGCAUGCUCAGAGAAGCCUCUCAUCAGAUCUUAGCCGGUGGAUCCGCUGGUCUGGUGGAGAUCUGUUUGAUGCAUCCCCUCGAUGUGGUGAAGACAAGGUUCCAGAUCCAGAGGGGCACCAGUGACCCAACAAGCUACAAGAGCCUGGGCGAUUGUUUCCGGACCAUCUUCCGCAAUGAGGGAGUAUUUGGUUUCUACAAAGGAAUCCUGCCUCCCAUUGUGGCAGAGACACCAAAGAGAGCAGUCAAGUUUUUCACCUUUGAGCAGUACAAGAAGGCGCUGAAUUUGACCCCAUUAUCUCCUGGUGUGGCGCUGUCUGUAGCAGGGCUCGGUGCUGGCUUGACUGAAGCUGUUGUCGUCAACCCUUUCGAGGUGGUGAAAGUCAGUCUCCAGGCCAACAGAGACUCCUUCAAAGAGCAACCCUCCUCAUUCGCCCAAGCAAGACGCAUAAUAAAUUCAGACGGAUUUGGACUGAAGGGCCUGAAUAAAGGAUUGACCUCAACACUGGGACGCCAUGGAGUGUUCAACAUGAUCUACUUUGGCUUCUACUUUAAUGUCAAGGAUGCUAUUCCUACCAACCCGAACCCGACACUUGAGUUUAUGAGAAAGUUCACCAUCGGACUUGUGUCUGGGACCAUCUCCUCCUGCGUGAACAUUCCCUUUGACGUAGCCAAGAGCCGCAUCCAAGGCCCCCAGCCUGUGCCCGGAGAGAUCAAGUACCGCACCUGCUUCCAGACCAUGGCACUGGUGUACCGGGAGGAGGGGUAUUUGGCACUUUAUAAGGGGUUGGUGCCAAAGAUAAUGAGGCUUGGACCAGGUGGAGCAGUGAUGCUUCUGGUUUAUGAGUAUGUGUCUGGAUGGCUACAGAGAAAUUGGUAACAACUACAAUCAGUAGGAUAGAGGACAACAAACAGAGUGCCUUACGGAUUAUUCCUCAGUUAAGAUGUUGUUUUCUGACUCCAAAAAAAAGUCACACCAAAGUAGUUUCAUUACCUGUUUUUUUUUUAAAUCUUAAAUACACCAACCUACUGUGCAAAAUACCAUAUCAUCAUUUCAAUAAGUUGUUAUGAAACGUCUUUAAAAUGCAGCUUUCAGAAGGGAAAACUACAUCUUCAUAUAGUUCAUCGGUAGUGAAAACAGCUGCAUUAUUUAAAAGAUAGAACAUACAGUUUGAAUAGAAAAAAUUACUUACCAGUAAUGGGAAAUCAAUUUAGGUUUUCUGCAAAUUUGGAUUAAUUUACAUGAACGGUUGAUGUAUUUUGUGCUUUAAUUUCUAAAAACAAGUAGGCUGUGCUCAUUUUAGAGACAGGGUGACGUGAUAUACCUUUGUCCUCCGAUAAAUCAAAAUGUAACAAAUAUGAAUCCUAAUCUAAUGACAGUUGUGGAGUUGUUUUACAUUACUCAAAUUUGAGCAAACCCACCCACACAGUCCUAAAUCAUGAGCAGUAUGAGAGUUGUGAAACAAGUUAAAGAGUCAGCUCUGCUUGGCUUAUCCCGAGCUGUUACGCUCAGUCCAUAUGGACUUCACAAUCACAACAUUUUUUAGCAUAGUAACAUACAAGUGAAAUUACAAAAAAAGCUCUAAUUGAGUUCAAAUGAGUCUCAUUUCCUCUUGUUCAAACCUGAGCAGAGCUCUGUUGGACUCAGUGGAUCAAACAUCACUUUUAUCUCUGAAUAUAAACUGAUCAUUGAGGGGCAGUCUCUAAACUCAGCUGCAGUGCACACAGUGCAUCUACUGCAGCACAAGUGUAA